GGUAAAGUAUCUUUGCCAUCCGUAUUUCAGGCGUCCAUUUUCAAUUUAUCUUCGAACGCCGCUCGACGUGUUCCUCCGUGUUGCGUGUGUCUGCGUUGGCGUUGCGUUGUCGUUGCGUUCUCGUUGUCGUUGUCGUUGUCGUGAGAGAAGCGUGAAGCCGAGCCGUCGGCGAAGUUUGUUAUUAUUACCUGGCACACCUGGCCGUAUCCGCAGCCGUAGCCGUUGCCGUAGCCGUAGCCGCAGCCGGAGCCGGAGCAGCGAAAUAAAUUGGAAUCGCGCGCGUUUUCCAUCGCGUUUCGAAGGUGCUAGCCAGUCGCAUCCGCUUUCCACUGCACUCCUUAGACUCAAACUGAAAACAAAAACUGAGUAUUUCGUAACAGAUCGCGGAGUGCAUGAAAGCCGAGGUACUGCAGCGGAAGGGGAUUUUCUUGCCGAGGGGAUCCCGUCGAUCCCCCUCGUAUACCACUUGCCACUUGCCACUCGCCCAGUUGCCAAGUUGCCCAGUUGCCCAUUUGCCGUCGCAAGCACAGUCCCCCUUCGAGAAACAACACACUUUCAACUGUUUCAUUUGUUCAUCUCUAGUAACGUAGUAUGUAGAAGCAGCUGUGAUAAAUAGUGCGCAUAUUAUACGAAGAAGCAAAGAGUAUACGACAUCAAACAUCAACAAAACAUAAAAUAAACAUCGAGGACAGAGGCGGAUAGAGGUCGCAGGAGCUACAGAUACAGCCAUGGAGUUAUGACAACAGACCACUACUUGCGAAGAUAUAAUGUUGCAACCUCCCACGAGUACACCGAGGACAGCCCAGCAGCCGCAACCAACAAAUUGUAUACGAUUUUUGUAACCAAACAAGUUAUAUGUAAAUAAUAAUUGUAACAAAGCAAAGCGAAAACAAGCUUAAAAAGAAAAACAUUCAAAAACUAAACAGAUCUCCCGCUAAGCAAAUCACAAAAUAUCGAUAACCGCGCGCGUGACAACAACAAGUAUACAACAAACGUAAUAAUAUUAAUAAUUUAACAAAUGUGCCUGUGUUAAGAAAGAAAGCAAGAAGCAUACAAAUCACUAGCUUCAGCCCAUGUAAAGUGCAAAGAUCCAGAUCCAACAACCCAAUCAAAUACUGAAAUACUGAAAACUGAAUACUUCUGAGACUCCCCAAGUACUGAGCCGAUCCGGACGAGUACAGUGCUGACUCCCUAAGCCAGAAGGAAGCGGACCCCAGCCCGAGACACCAGAAGCAGCAGAAGCAGAAGCGGCGGAGCGGACGUCGAUUUGUGUGUUGCGCCCCCAUUGUUGUUCCUGCUCCAAAAGUGGCACAAAUCGGGUUAGACGUCGCUCCCAGAGCAUUAAUGGCUCAGCCCAGGUACGACGAUGGCCUCCACGGCUACGGCAUGGACUCCGGAGCUGCUGCAGCGGCCAUGUACGACCCACACGCCGGCCACAGGCCGCCCGGCCUGCAGGGCCUCCCCUCGCACCACUCUCCGCACAUGACGCACGCCGCCGCGGCGGCGGCCACAGUGGGCAUGCACGGCUACCACUCCGGGGCCGGGGGUCAUGGAACACCUAGUCAUGUUUCGCCGGUCGGUAAUCACCUUAUGGGCGCAAUACCCGAAGUACACAAACGUGAUAAGGAUGCGAUUUAUGAACAUCCGCUAUUCCCGCUAUUGGCGCUGAUCUUCGAGAAGUGCGAACUGGCCACAUGUACGCCGAGGGAGCCCGGGGUGCAAGGUGGCGAUGUCUGUUCGUCCGAAUCGUUCAACGAGGAUAUUGCAAUGUUCAGUAAACAGAUAAGAUCACAGAAACCCUACUAUACCGCAGAUCCCGAAGUCGACUCACUGAUGGUGCAAGCAAUACAAGUACUUCGGUUUCACCUUUUAGAGUUAGAAAAAGUACACGAAUUAUGCGAUAACUUCUGUCAUCGGUAUAUCUCGUGUUUAAAGGGUAAAAUGCCAAUAGAUUUAGUGAUCGACGAACGGGACACCACCAAACCACCGGAGUUGGGUUCGGCGAACGGGGAGGGCCGGAGCAAUGCCGAUUCCACGUCGCACACCGAUGGAGCUAGUACACCAGACGUUCGGCCGCCGAGUUCUUCGCUGUCCUAUGGCGGGGCCAUGAACGACGACGCCCGAUCGCCGGGCGCUGGUAGUACUCCCGGUCCACUCUCACAGCAGCCACCUGCCCUAGAUACAUCAGACCCUGAUGGUAAGUUCUUAUCAUCACUCAAUCCUUCAGAACUAACAUAUGAUGGACGAUGGUGUCGAAGAGAAUGGUCCUCACCUGCCGACGCUCGCAACGCAGACGCCUCCCGGCGAUUGUACUCCUCAGUCUUCCUCGGUAGUCCUGACAACUUCGGAACGAGUGCAAGCGGUGAUGCCAGCAACGCCAGCAUAGGAAGCGGAGAGGGCACCGGCGAGGAGGACGACGAUGCGAGUGGCAAAAAGAACCAAAAGAAACGUGGCAUUUUCCCAAAAGUAGCAACCAACAUAUUGAGAGCGUGGCUGUUUCAGCAUUUAACGCAUCCCUACCCAUCCGAGGACCAGAAGAAACAGUUGGCCCAGGACACCGGCCUAACGAUACUGCAAGUGAAUAAUUGGUUCAUCAAUGCGCGGCGGAGAAUCGUCCAGCCAAUGAUCGAUCAAUCGAAUCGUGCAGUCUAUACACCGCACCCAGGUCCUUCCGGAUAUGGCCACGACGCCAUGGGCUACAUGAUGGACAGCCAGGCGCAUAUGAUGCACCGUCCGCCGGGAGAUCCUGGAUUCCAUCAGGGCUACCCGCACUACCCGCCUGCCGAAUACUACGGCCAGCACUUGUAAUCCGCGUAGGGUGAUCCCAUUUAUGAGGUCCCACUAGCAGACUAGCAGGAGCAACAAAAGCGGAAGCGGAAGCGAUCAAGCCAAAAUCAUAGCUUAAAUUACAACACCCGGAGGAGGAGCAGCAGGAGGAGGAGCAGUACAGAGGGAGGAACCAGCGCAGUCCGAUCCAACCCAAAACUAGCAUACCGAGUGGCAAUAUCAGUCAAGUAAAGAAGCAAAGAACAACCGUAGUGAAAUCUAUCAAAAAACAAAACUAAAUGAUAUUAGCUAAGCAACACCACCAGCAAAUCAACCAAUAAACACCAGAAGCAACAUCAACAGCCUAGGCAGUCAGAACCAACAUCAAACAACAAAUACCAACAAGAAACAAGAAACAAGAAAUUUUCAAGAAACCAUUUGUGUAUACCUUUAAACAUAAAUAACAAAGCAAAAAAAAAAGGAAGGGGAAAUAAAACAAGAGCAGAUAUUUAUGCAUAAACAAAAAAUGAAACGCUUAGCUAUAAGUUAAAUAAACAAAAUAAACCCCACAAGUCACACUCACACAGGCAGACACAGGCAACAAUUUAAAAUUCAAAUUUUUAUGUUUGAAGCUAAAAAUGCAAAAGCAAAAAUUAAAAACAAAAAACAAGAAUCAGAAGGAUACUUUUUAAAGCAUGAAUUUAGGCGCAGUGCGGCAGUGGAAUAGUAUUUUGUCCUUUAAAAGAGAAAUUUUAGUUUGAAUUUAGCAAAAGACCCGCCAGAAAUCACCGAUAACUUCGCGAGAGUUGAAAAUAUGUAUAAUUUUGCGGAAACAGGAGCGUUCUUUGCUGUCUCUUAGUUUCGUUUUAGUUGCGUAACAAGUCAGUUUGUUUUCUAUAAUGUACAUAUAUGCAAAACAAAUCGAUUAUGAACUACAUACAUAAUAGCCCCUACACUUACGAUAGGGUAGGGCCCUACCAUAUAUCCUACGUUUAGACGAUUAGUUUAAAUUGAAUUGUUUUCUAAUUUUAUGCCUUGAACCACUUAAGAUAAAACGGAAUUUAAUUUUUAAAAAACGGAAGCGAAAGCGGAAGCGGAAACGGAAGGAGACUACGAUUUGAAUGGAAUUUGCUUUGAGAGUUAGUUUUUGUUGUGUGCGAAUUCGUAGUAUUAUUUUCCAACCGGAGCACACGGACAGAGGACCGAUUUGAAUAUAUAUAUACAAGAUAAAAGAUACAAGAUUUUGCAAGAUACAAACAAUACGAUACAAAUAAUGGCAUAGAUCUAUACAUAACUCUGAAUAUGUAUACGUAAUAUUAACGAUAAGUUACACUCUAAUUUUAUUUAUGCGUAUGCGUUAAUCCUUAGUUAACUAUUAUUAUAAUUAUUAUUAUAUUAUUAUUAUUAUUAAAUUUACUUAAUUAAUGAUUUAAACUUAACUAAUUCAAGAAACACUGAGACGAGGUAGAUUGUACACGAGACGGUCAUUGAUGGCAACAGAAAUGCAUACAUGAAAAAAUAUUUGAAAAAAUAA